CUUCAGUGGUUACCCUGUUAAACAGGAAAGGAAUUUUGUUCACACAAUAUGAAUAAUACAUGCUCUCUCAUUGCCUCAUUUUGAGCUUUUGGUGGGACUAGCUCAUUGGUUCGACCAAUGAGAUGUUGCGUAUUGUUUACGUAUGUGUGUGAACAAAUUUGCACUUGAUGCAAACAGUCAGUAUUUAGAUUUAGUAUUAGCAAUUUUCUAUUGCCUCUCCGCAACUUUCUCUCAACGUAUUUUUGUGUUUGUGUGUUUGAUCGCACCUUUUCUAUUCACAUUUCCUUUACUUUUUCUCUUUUUUCUUCUUUGCUUUGAUUCUUCUCUUGUUUCUCACAAGUUUUUUUUUUUUUUUUUUUUUUUAAACCUAGGGGUUUCUACCUCUUUUUUUAGUUUCUCCCUUGUCUCAGCUUCUAUACAGAUUAAACAUGGCUCCAGAGAUCAAAACAGGACUGUCAUCUGCAAGUGGAAUAGUUCCCGGACCAUAUCACAAUGAAUCCAUGGUGUGUGAGUUUGCCCAAAGGACCAACUUUCAGGGUUCAAUAUGGCUUGGAGGUCAACCUUUAGGCUACAGCACACCUGUUCUGAUGGCCCAGUUCAUUCUCAUUUUCAUUGUCUCAAGAUUACUAUACAUCUUUCUAAAACCUUUGAAACAAAGUCCAAUGAGUGCACAAAUCAUUACUGGUAUAAUAAUGGGGCCAUCAGUUCUAGCACAAGACAAAAGGUAUGCAGAAAUCAUACUUCCUCCAGAUGGAAGAUUGGUUCUUGGCACAGUCGCAGAUGUUGGCUUCAUGCUUCACCUCUUUCUAUUAGGUGUCCAGACUGAUACCUCCAUGCUGAAGCAGGCGGGAAAAAAGGCCGCGUUAAUAGGUUCUACAGGUUUUGCAAUGGCUUAUAUUCUAGGCGGGUUGGCCUGGUUUGCCAUAUCACACAUAGUGGUGAUAGAUGAUAAGAUACUAACAUCCCUCCCUUUUAUCGUCACUCUGAAUUCCAUAUCUUCGUUUCCUGUUAUAACAAGCCUACUUGCUGAUCUAAACAUUCUCAACUCAGAGAUUGGCCGGUUAGCCACUUUCACAUCCAUGGUUUGUGACUUGUGGAGCUAUUUUGGUUCAUUGAUUUUGUUUAAAAUUGGUUUAGCUCUUCACACAACAGAAUGGGGAUUGAUGUGGUCCUCUGCUUGGAUUGUCGCCUAUGUGAUUGUCAUUGUUUUUGUCCUAAGGCCGUUGGUUUUUUGGAUGGCCAAGCAAAUGCCGGAAGGGAAGCCCAUGAAGGAGUCUCACUUCAUGUCAAUCAUGGUCAUAGUCUUGGGUUGUGGCUUUUUUUCUGAAGUUCUUGGCCAGCAUUCUGGCCUUGGUUCUUUUAUGUUAGGCAUGAUUAUACCCGAUGGGCCGCCUUUGGGCGAAAGUUUAGUAUAUAAGCUUGAAGCAAUGUCUACUGGCUUGUUACUUCCUGUCAAGUUUGUACUCACUGGCCUAAAUACAAACUUGUUAUCAAUUGAAGGGACGUCUGCGAUGGUUGUCGAGAUCACCAUUAUUUCUGGCUACCUAGGAAAGUUCUUGGGCACCCUCCUUACUGCGCUUUACUCCAGCGUGCGAUUCCAGGAUGCUUUAUCCCUUUCUUUGAUCAUGUGUUGCAAAGGCAUCGUCGAUAUUGCUCUAUAUUGUGCUUGGAAGGAUGAAGGGGUUGUAGGGAGACAAGAAUUUGCACUUCUGAUAAUCACAAUGCUGAUUGUAACAGGGAUGGUUAGACCCCUUGUAAGGUACCUCUAUGACCCAUCAAAACGGUACAUGGUCCGUACAAGAAGCAACAUCCUCCGUUCCCAUGAUCAAAAUACUGAUCUACGAAUACUAGUUUGUGUACACAAUGAAGACAAUGUUCCACCCAUUAUAAACCUCCUCGAAGCCUCGAAUCCAACCAAACAGAGCCCAAUCUCGGUCUUCGUCUUGAAUCUCUUGGAGCUCAAAGGCCGGGCCGCAGCCAUUCUUGUGCCGAAUUACCGCCGUGGCAAGCUCGUCACCACGGCAGGCAACUCCAAACACAUCGCAAACGCAUUUACUUAUUAUGCCCAGCACAAUCAAGGCCGGGUCACUUUGCAGCAUUUCACUGCAGUAGCUCCAUUUGCAAGCAUGCACGACGACGUGUGCAUGCUUGCAUUGGACAAAGGUGUGACAAUUGUAAUUGUGCCCUUUCACAAGCAUUGGACCAUUGAUGGGACAGUUGGGGCUAUCUUCCCUUCCAUUAGGACCGUGAAUCGAAACGUAAUCAAUAAGGCCCCCUGCUCCGUCGGAGUCCUUGUUGACCGGACCUCAAUAAGUGGAAGCUGGUCAGUCUUAACAGGGCAAUCCCUUUUUCGGGUUGCGUUACUCUUUCUCGGGGGUGCGGAUGAUCGGGAAGCAUUUGCAUACGCCAGACGCAUGGCAGACCACCCUUAUGUGAUGCUGACCGUGGUGUGGGUCAGACCGUGGGCACACAGCAAGUUCAGUAAGGAGUUGAGUGACACUCUUGUUGACGACGAAUUGAUGAACGAGUUCAAAGACAAUGCUAUGAGCAAGGAAAGGAUUGUUUUCAAGGAGGAGAUUGUGGAAGACGCGGAGGGGACGACACGUGUGAUCCACUCUAUGGAGAGUGCUCAUGAUUUGUUCAUUGUAGGUAGGUACCAUGACCCUGAGUCACCAUUGACAUCAGGUUUAACAGAGUGGAGUGAGUCUCCUGAGCUUGGAGUCAUUGGGGACAUGCUAGCUACUUGGGAUUUUCGAUUUUCGGUUUUGGUAGUUCAACAGCAGCCAGCAACAAAUCAUUUUAAGAUUUCUCAAGAUCCUUUUGCUACUCAAGAGCGUAAUUCACGUCAUAUUGGAUCAAUGAAGACUCCUGUAUAAGGACUCAAGGGUACUAGUAUAGGUGUAACAUGUGUGUUGUUCCAAAGUGUUGUUAGUAUGUGUUUUAAGAUAGAGCGUGUGUGUUGUAAGUAUUGUUAAUUGUGUUUAAGAUCAAUAGGAAUAUUGCAGGUAAAGAAUGACAAAUCUACAAGAUUUUAUGACUUGCUUUAAACUUCCCAAUUCAAUAUG